GCGGAAGUGCCGAGCUAGCAAAGCUAGGCUAACUAGCUGGUGUGUAAACACGGUUGGGAAGUUGGGUAGCUGCGUUGCUUUGAUGAGUGUGCAUUUAUUGUCGUUUAUUGGACUUCUGGAGUGAGACAGCAGCCACAAACAACACGGUAGAGGAGCAACCGAAGCGGCCGCUGUCGGUUAAAACUCGCAACGGCGACGUUUGGCGUGUGGUCGACAUGUCCUCUUUCUCCGAGGCGGCUCUAGAGAAGAAGCUGUCCGAGCUCAGCAACUCCCAGCAAAGUGUGCAGACGCUGUCGCUGUGGCUCAUCCAUCACAGGAAACACGCCAAGACCAUCGUGGACGUCUGGUUUAACGAACUCGUCAAAGCUGAGGUACCACGCAAGCUGACCUUCGUGUACUUGGCUAACGAUGUCAUCCAGAACAGCAAGAAGAAAGGACCAGAAUUCACGCAGGAUUUUGCGCCGGUCAUCGUCGGCGCGUUCAAACAUGUUCACAGGGACGGAGAGGACGGCUGCAAGAAGCAGCUGGGCCGGGUGUUGUCCAUCUGGCAGGAGAGAGCCGUGUACGACAACGACCUGCUGGACCAGCUCUCACAAGUCCUCUACGGCGACAAGAAGGCCAAGAAGAGACCCUACGAGUCCAUCCAAGCCUCAGAGGACCACUUUGCCUCCAGGAGUUCCCCAGAGGAGCCCCCACAGGUCCUGGUCCUGACGACGGCCGAGUUGAUCCGAGCCCUCCAGGAGCUGGAGAACGCCACCUCGGGAGACUCGCUGUUGCGACAGCGCAUCUCCUCGCUUCCCGCCGAGGUGCAGGACGCGUCCUUGCUUCACAGGAUCACAGAUAAGGAGUCGGGGGAGCGCAUCUCGCGGCUGGUUGACGACGCCUGCAUGCUGCUGGCCGACUACAGCGGCCGUCUGGCGGCGGAUAUCGACGACCGGCGGCAGCUGACGCGCACGCUCAGCAGCUUCCUGCAAAGCCAGAAGGACGGCCUGGUCCAGAACGAGCAGAAGCUUGAAGUGAUGUCCAACUGUUGUCUUCUCACACACACUUGCUGGAGUUGGGAGCUGCUUGCAGGUUUGUUGUCCAGGCGGUAGGAGAAGCACGGCCCUCUUGCCACUUUGGAAUGGAAAAAAAAAAAAGACAAUUCAAAUAAAGGAAAGUCGUCUUGUCAGUGCUGUUUUUUUACCUUUCACGUGUUCCAAGAUUUAACACAGUUGUAGUUCAGGAGAAGAAGACUAAUGGAGUCUUCUACUCAUUACUUUGUUCCAUCUAUUAAGUCAUUUGAUUUAAAAAAAAAACAUAUUUUUAGGGUAAAUUUCCUUCUUUGACCUUAUUUUACUUUUUUAUUUUUUUUACUUUUAACUUAUUUUACCGUUUUUGUAACUCAUUUUAUUACCGUCUAUAUACAGAACCUUCUUUGAUUGUCUUUUACCUUGUUUUAUAUGAUUUAUUUUACCUUCUAUUUAACUCAUUUUACCUUUUAUUUGCCUUCUAUUUAACUUAUUUGACCUUUUAUUUGCCUUCUAUUUAAUUACUUAACCUCUAUGUUCUAUUUAACCCCUUUUACCUCUUAUUUAACUUAGUUUACCUCUUAUUUACCUUCUAUUUAAUUAUUUUACCUUUUAUUUAUCUUCUAUUUAACUUAUUUUACCUCCUAUUUACCACCUGUUUAACUUAUUUUACCUCUUAUUUAACUUAGUUCACCUCUUAUUUACCUUCUAUUGAAUUAUUUUACCUUUUAUUUAUCUUCUAACUUAUUUUACCUCCUAUUUACCUCACGUUUAACUUAUUUUACCUCUUAUUUACCAUCUAUUUAAUUAACCUCUUAUUUACCUUCUAUUUAAUUAUUUUACGUUUAUUUAUCUUCUAUUUAACCUAUUUUACCUCCAAUUUACCUGAUUUUACCUCUUAUUUACCUUCUAUUUAAUUUACCUCUUAUUUACCUUCUAUUUAAUUAUUUUACCUUUUUAUUUAUCUUCCAUUUAAUUUAUUUUACCUCCAAUUUACCUUAUUUUACCUUCAAUUUACCGCCUGUUUAACUUAUUUGACCUUUUAUUUUACCUUCUAUUUAAUUUACCUCUUAUUUACCUUCUAUUUAAUUAUUUUACCUUUUAUUUAUCUUCUAACUUAUUUUACCUCCAAUUUACCACCUGUUUAACUUAUUUUACCUCGUAUUUACCUUCUGUUUAAUUUGCCUCUUAUCUACCUCCUGUUUAACCCUAUUUUACCUCUUAUUUACCUUCUAUUUAAUUAUUUUACAUUUAUUUAUCUUCUAUUUAACUUAUUUUACCUCUUAUUUAACUUCUAUUUAAUGUACCUCUUAUUUACUUUCUAUUUAAUUAUUUUACCUUUUAUUUAUCUUAUUUUACCUCCAAUUUACCUUAUUUUACCUUCAAUUUACCUCCUGUUUAACGUAUUUGACCUUUUAUUUUACCUUCUAUUUAAUUUACCUCUUAUUUACCUUCUAUUUAAUUAUUUUACCUUUUAUUUAUGUUCUAUUUAACUUGUUGCCUGCUAUUAAAAGUGCCUUCCAUAACUGUCUUUCCUUUUUUUAAUCUUUAUUUACCUUUUAUAUUCCUUAUUGUCUUUUCUUUUUAAAAUAUUUUACCUUUCAUUUAACCUCUUUUCCUUUUUAUUUAUCCUACUUUACCUUUUAUUUACCUUAUUUAACUUAUAUAUAUAUAUAUAUCUUGUAUUGAACUUACUCUAUCUUUUGUUCAUCUUCUCUUUAACUUAUUUUACCUCCUAUAUUCUUUCUUUUACUUUUUAUUCACCUUUUUUAUUUACAUUUACCUUUUUGACUUUUUAUUUAGCGUCUAUUCCAUUAAUUUUAUAUUCUGUUAUGCAGUCAGGGUGUUGUAAAUGUUCUUUAGUUACACUCAAAGGAUUAAUUGAAGCAACCGAAAAUGAAUUCAAGCUUUUUUGUGAUCAAAUGAAUGAAUGACUGCUUGCAGAUCUACUUUGGUGACUUGGUUAAUGAUGACAUCUUCUGCAAGUGACGUUCUUAACCAAAGCAGGCUUUCCCGAAGGAGACGAUUAAAAAAAACAGACAUGCAGAAAAUAAAUUGUUUAUGAAAAGGAAAGUGAGCAGAGAGGAGCACACAGGAAAAUGUAAACAUCAAAGGUUAAAAACAACUUUUAUUCUUUAUCUGAGGUGACGCUGUAACAGAUUUUUUAAAUUUAAUUUUUUAUUAAUUUUAAUGUUCGUUUUUAACCCCAAAAAACAUGACAACAAGCUAAUUAAUUUUUUUGAAAUCAUUUUAGAUUUGUUUUUAACCGAAAAUAACAUUACAACACAUUCUUUAACUGAGGCGCCACUAUAUUAGCGGUUUUAUUUUAUUUUAAUCAUUUUAAUGGAAAAUAUUGUAAUAACACAUUUUUUAACUGAGGCUCCACUACGAUAGCUUUUUAAAAUGUGUGUUUAUUCGUUUGAUUUUUGUUUUGAACCAAAAAUAACAUAACACAUUCUAUAAAAGGGGCACCCCUGCAUUAGCUUUAAAAAAAAAAAAAAAAAAAGAUUAUUAAUUUUAAUUUGGUUUUUUAACCAAAAAUAACAUAACACAU